AUGGGUAAAAAUAAUCCAUUUGAUUGCUCGUAUUUGGAAGUGAUUGUUUUUGAAAAGAGACUUGAAUAAUCAUACGAGCUUUUUGAUUCUGUCAUUUUGUUAAAGCUGGAAAUUUUAUCUAUAAUGAAAUAAAAAGAAAUCAUAGCAACAUAGUUAAUAUAGAAAGUAGAGGAUAUGCAAGACUAAACAAAAAUUUUAAAAGAUAAUUUAAAUUCUCUUUGCUUAAUGAAUGACGACAGCCUUGACCUUUUAAAUUUGUAAGCUUUAUAUUUAGAAAAUAUAGCUUUCAACGAAAAGGAUAUUAUCCUUAUGUAAAUCAACAAGUUUAGAAAAAAUAUACAAAAUAAAGAGCAAUUUAAAAAAUAGAAAAAUGAUGAAAUUUUAAGCAGUAGAGCUAAUAAUGAUAGGUUUGAUUAGAAAACUUGCAUUCUAUUUGCAUCUUAUAAAGAUUCAAAGAAUCUUACUAUAAGCUAAGUUUCAUCAAACUUUUAAGAAAUUUUUUCUUACUAAGGCAGUAAAAAUAUUAUCGGAAAUAGUAUAGACUUAAUAAUACCAUAAAUAUUUUAAAAUCUACAUCACAAAUAUCUAGAGAGCUUCUUAGAAGAAAACAUACCAUUCAGUUUAGAAGGAGAAGCAAUAAAUAGUUAAGUAUUUGAUAAAAACUAAAUUAUUGAUUAAAAUUUAAAUAGCUAGUCAGAAAAAAAUAGAUCUAUGGGUUGUAGAAUGAAUAACUAAGUAAUAUUUGCUCAAUUAAAUUCCAUUUAUAUUUAGCCAGUAGCUAUUGACAUAAGAACUAAUAGACUAUUAGAUUUUAAUAACUCAUUUGGACUUACAGCUAAAAUUAAAUUAAUUAAUUAAUAAUAUUAAUACAUUUUAUAUGAUGAAACAAACUUAAAUAUAUUGGGCUUGACAGAAAAAAUACACUUCUCUCUCUUUUCUAGCUAUGAAUCGUUACAGAAAAUGAGUAUGAAAUAGAUUUUUCCAUUCUUAAUAGGAUCCUUAGAUAACUAAAAUGUACCAACAAUAAUAUCAAAUCAGAAUAAUUAAGAAAGUAUUUAGCCUUAUCAUAUUAAUCUGACAUUAGAUAUGCAGUAAAUAUUAAAAGAUUAAAAUGUAAAAAAAAGUUAAAGUAAAGGCAAAAAAAUAAAUUUUAUAGUUAUUAAAGUUCAAGAUAAUAAAUAAACUAAUGUUGCCAAAAGCUUCAUGAAUCAGAAAAGUUUAAAAUAAAAAUCUAUUGCAUUUUAAAGAAUAGAUAACAAAAAAAACGAAUUAAGUUCUUAUUAAUUUGUAUUUUUGCAGCUGACUAUAAAAAAAAUAAAUUAUAGAGGUAUUCAAAAUGUGAGCUAUAUUUAGAUUCAAAAACAUAGAGAGCUCAAUCCAAAUGAUUAAGCUCAAUAUAUUCUUUCUCAGAUAAAACAUCCUAAAAAGUAACAAAUAUAUGAGUAAUUAUUUGCAAAUCAAAAUGAAUUUGAAAAGGUAGUUUAAGAAUUAGAAAAAUAAUUAAUUUUGUAGCAUUUGGAUUUUCCAAUUUAAGCAUCAUCGUCAUUCUAAGCAUUUAGUGCUUUGAAUAAUGCGCUAAGCCCACAGAAUAUAAGUCUCAACUAAAUCUCUAAUUCUGAUUCCAUACAGAACAACUAAUUCUCAUCCAAUAAAAAUUUCGUUAAAUAUAGCUAAGUUUAACUUCUUGAUCAGAUUGUAGAAUAAUAAAGGCUUAAAUCAAAUCUUAAUAGAUUUGAAUAAGAUGUGAUAAAUGAAUAGGAAGAAUAUGAAUAUAGCUUAAAUGGAAAAAAAGAAAAUAGUGAAUUGUAAAAUAAUAGAGAAUUGAACAAGUUAGGUAAGGCAAAUAGAUUAUUAAAAGAUGCAGAUAGCACUAAUAUAGGUUUAAAUUUAAAUGAAAACUAGGUCUAUGAAGAUCUAAACUAUCAAUACUUGAAUUAAGAUAAUCAAAAUAUAUUUAAUUCUUUUUAGGAUACUAAGUUUAUACUUGAAGAUCCUACUUUUAUUGAUGCAAGUGUUUAGAAUCCUAUAAUGAGCAAAGUCGAAUAGAUUGGUGAAAGGUCUUCGCCUGAUAAGGAUUUAUUAUCAAAUAAUGAAAAAAAUUAAUUAUAAUAGUAACUACAUUAAAUUGCCAGUGAAUAGUUAUUACUUUCUCCAGUUUAUAGUGAUAAAUUAAUUUAAUUUUCUCCUUAAAUUAACUACUUAAAUGCUCCAAAUUAAACUUAAUAAUAGCAAUAUUCACCUUCACUCUGUCUUUCUUAUUAAGAUACCAAACUUUUUUCGCCAAAAUAAGUUUCACUCUACAGCGGUUCUAAUUUAAUGGAAAAUUAUACUGCAAAUAAAAUUAAGUAGAAGUAAAAUCAAGAUAUUAAUGGUCAAAAAAAUAAUAAGAAUGAUACCUUAAUUUAAGGACGCUCUCCAAAUGUAAGUGAUAUAAAUUUAAGCAAUCAUGAAAUCAAUCCUAAACUAUCUGCAAAAUAGCCUGUAAAUUAAGAAUAAGUUAGUUUAGAAAAAAAUAAUAUGGAGAGUACAUAAAUUUUAAACUCCAAAUAGGAUAACCUAAAAGCUAAACGCUUUAGCAAUUCUAUUCAAAUGAAUUACUAAAAAAAAGAAGAAGAGUUUUGUAGCACGGGAUCACCUUUUGGGUACUACUAAAAUGACAAUAUCCAAGAAGAUAAAGAACAUCAAAAGAGAAAAGUCCAAGAGAUUUAAUAUGACAUAGCUUCAACUAAUUCAAAAAAUUCAAUUUCUUCAGUAAAAAGAUUGCUGCAAUAACUUAUGGCUGAUAAGUCAAUUUUAAAAGUGAUAAAAGCAAUAAAUGUUGUAGGUGUAGUUUGCUUCAUUACCAUGAUAUGCAUGACCUGGAUAUAGUUCUAUUAAAUGACUACUUCUAUUUCUUCUACAUAUCAAGAUUAUCAAGUAUUUAGCUGGCCUACUUAAUAUAUAUCGCGUUUAAGUGAAGUCUUGAAAUACUAAAAUGCAUUCUAGCUUACAUAGUACUCAAAAAACCUAAAAUUUGCUAAUACUACAUAAUUUUACAAUUUUAGAAACUAUACAUAGCUAAAUGUAAAAUACUACAAAGAUAAGUUGAAUCAAUAAAUAGUAGAAAUGGAAAGAGCUAGUACAGAUAGAAAGUUAUUUAGCUUGCUCAGAAACCAUUAUUUUAUUUUCAUGUUUGGAAAAUAUUACAACUCUAGCAUUUUAAACAAAACUCCUUCAACUCCAACUUAAAUGGUUUUUACUCCCUAUAAUGUUUCAGUUUAAUAUGGAAUUAUUUCUGGGUUUUAAUUAGUAUUUAGAUACGCUUACAGCUUAGGAAAUGGUAGACCUGAAUAUUAUUUGAUAGGCAACCAACUAAGCGAGAUAACAAGCUUAAAGCAGAUACAAAAUGAAAUUCUUGCAGAUUAACAAAAUUAAUAAUAAUAAAUUUAAAAUUAAUUAACAACGUUGAUGAUAUUAAUCAUUCUAAUUAAUGGUUUUUGCAUUGGAAUCAUUAUACCUCUUUAUUAUCAUGUUCAAAAAGAGAGAGAUUCAAUCAUUUAAUUGUUUGCUACAUUUUCAACCCAAAAAAUUGACUAGCUAAUAAAAACUAUUUAAGACUCAUACAUCAGCAAAAAAUAAUUUUCAAUUUACUCAAAUAAAAAUAGUUAAUAGAUGAAAUAAACACUUUUACAAAUCAAUUAAAGUUAAAGAGAAAAAGAUGUCAGAAAGUAAAAUAUAAGCACAAUUACAAAACUACCUCGCUUUAACGCAAAAAUAAAUUUGACUGUAUUUCUUAUUUACUUGCUUUUAAUUUUCUAUCCAAUAGUAAAUAAGAUAGUAACUCAAUAUUAUCUUAAUAAAACUACCUUAGAUCUCAUAACUAUGAUGAAUGUUUACUCUUUGAGGUCAUAUCUAUUAGAAAAUAUCGCGAUGCACUUCAAUAUAUUAGUUAUGAAAAUUAAUCCAACUCUUAAGCCUAUGUCUCCUUCCUUGUAUUAUGAUUACAUAAACUAACUAAUAUAAGAAUAGCAAAAUAUUACAGAUACGAUUCAGUGGAUAAUAAAUUCUCAAUAUUAAGACACAAGAUAUUCUCAAUCGCUUUAUAACUCUUUUUUUUUCUCCUCUUUUUAAAAUAAUUUAUGUGAUGUAUUCCAAAAAUAUCCUGAGUAUAAUUAUAACUCUACAGUUAUAGAUACUUCAAUAUGUUAAUCUACUUAUCAGGGGCUUUUGUUAUAAGGUAUUUCUGUAUCUUAUAAGUAAGUACUCACUAUAUUUCCUUAGCUUUACAAUAUGUAUUUAUUACCUAAUAGUACUUAGUCUUUAUAGCAAAUAAAUUCCUUCUUGUCUUCAUUCAACUUACCUGAUUUUAUAAAGUUUUCAGAAUUUAUAGACCAGACGAUAGUAAGUCUAAAUAAUUUUAUCCUAACUAUAAACAGUUAAUAUUAUAAUUAUAUCAUUUUGUUUUAGAUUGUGCUUAUAAUAUUUUAAACAGUUAUUAUGCUAAUAGUCUUCACUUUUGGAUGGAUAACAUUUAGCAGUUAAUUAAAUAGCUCUUUACACAAAUCUAAAACCUACCUACAAAUAAUUGAUAUAAACAGCUUAAUCUAAAAUACUUAUAUACUUACUUAUAUUAAGAAAAAUUCAGUAAUUUGA